AGUUUGCUAAUAUCAAUAUGUUUGGUAUCAACCAAGCGAAUAAGUUUUCAUCUUUAAUAAUUAUAAGCCUUAGUAAUGUUCGCGUGAGUAGAUAGAUAAAUAAUUGCGUUCACAAAAUGAAUGUAGAUACGAAUAUCAAACCCGUUCUUACAAAGGCAGCUUUGAUGUUGCCAAAAAAGCAUCAAGAGUUCGAAGCUUUGGUAUUUGAAGGACCUAAGCGUAAGUCACAGCAGGUCGUGCGCAAUCAAGUUAGUAACGAUGAAGAAAAAAGAAGAAAUGAAUUUGAUAUAAAACGUGCUCGGCAUGAAGUGCUUAAAUUUGCGAUGAAUAAUCAACGAGCCGAGAAAAAUCGGAAAAAAAUGAUGAUAUAUCAUUUAGUCGAUUUAGGAGCAAAACCACCAAAGAAGCCUUACAAGAAUUACAAAGAAUUUUUAGCGGAACGGAAUCGGCUUAAACAAAUUAGAGAGGAACGCCGGAAGUUUCAUCAAUUAGGCAAAAACCAAACUGGACUAUCUUCCGUCAAAUGCCGUAAUAAAAGUAAAAUUGAAAAACAACAGAAAAGGCGGCUGCCUGUUACAUCUAUUGAUGAGCGUUACGGCAGCGUAGGAUCUAAAUUUAAGCAAAAAUGAAAGAUAUUUCUGAAUGUAUAAAAAUUCUACAAAUUUGUAAUUUGACAUAUGAUUGUUUUGAUUUUGAUACAACCCUGUUUUAGCUAAUAUUGUCAAAAUAUUUUUUUCUUUUCUUUGACAAUAAGUCAUUAUUCACUAUUACGUGAGUUAAACCGAAUUUGAGUAAAAGUAAAAACUA